AUGUCAUUGAGAUGCACUUGGCUAUACCUCACUGCUAUGUUGUCUAUGACUGACUGGCACGAGAAGCACGAGAAGGGGAGCCUGGAUACCGAGAAAUCAGGGAAGGAGCCAGAGAGCACUAAGGGUGUGUUGAUCCUCACAAGCCCACAACAACUGAAUAAACCCCGCCAACGGUGGGCUGUCAGGCCCACCCCUUGGCAACCGUUGCAUGCCAGGGCGGGUAUGCAGGUCCCAGGGAGGUGGUUGGGGAGCGGGAAUCACUUCCUAGAUGUACCCCUUGUUUCACCGAUAGCCACAGAUGGAGUUCCGAGAUUACAAAAAGAUCCUGAAGUGUACAUGCCAGUCAAGGGAUGA